UUCCCUCGAACUGACGCCCGCUCUUCCCCGACUGGCGGCGGCGAUGGCCACCCGCGGCGGAGCCAAAAAGCGAAAAUGCCGCAAGGACGAGUUGGACGCCGGCGUCACACCGCCGGCGAGCGAGAAGCCUGAAGACGGAGAAAGCCCCGAUUUGAUCAGCAACCUCCACCCCGACGUUCUCCGCCGCAUCGUGUCGCUCCUCCCCACCAAGGACGGCGCCCGCAGCCAGUCCCUGUCCACCCGGUGGCGCGACCUCUUCCGCUCCGCGCCGCUCAACCUCGGCGUGGAGCUCCGCCGCGACGACGAGCCCGCCCCCUCCAGCCUCGUCUCGCGGAUCCUCGCCGACCACCGCGCGCCCUGCCGCCGGCUCUCAUUGACCUGGUACGGCUACAAAUCUGGCUUCGUCUCCCCACUAUUGAGCCACUGGCUCCAGUCGCCAGCCCUCAAUGGCCUCGCCGAGUUCGAUCUGUGGCAAAACCGCAAGGAAAAUGGUAAGGAAUAUUGGCGAGUGCCCAGAGAGGACCCGUAUAUGCUGCCGCUGUCCGUGCUCCGGUUUUCGCCCACCCUCCGCAUCCUCAGCAUCAAGUGCACCGGCUACAUGAUCCGUUUCCCCUCCAUGGCCACCCUGGCCGGCGAUGUACAUUUCCCCCACCUCAAACAGCUCACCUUCAAAGGUCUCAUCAUCUCGGAGGGUGACCUCCAUGGCGUUAUUUCUGGGUGCCCUGUGCUACAGAGCUUGGUGCUUAGUGAAUUAGAUGGUGUCCGUGGCAUUCGCAUCAACUCGUCCACCCUUCGGAGGCUAGGUGUGUGCACUGAUUUGAGAGAUGCACCAGAGGAAAUGUUGCAGGAAGUGAUUAUUGAGGACGCCCCUCUCCUAGAAAAGUUGCUCUUAUCUGGAACAGACGAAGAGCUAUCAAUUCGUGUGAUUUGCGCACCCAAACUGGACUUCUUGGGUUCUCUGCCAGAAGGGUUCUCUAAAACCAAGCUGGAAACCACAUUUUUUCAGAGAACUUCUGUUGCCAGCCUGAUGAGUGUGGUGCGAACAGUCAAAGUUUUGAUUUUGCGCAUGUCACCUCCCAGUGCUGAUGAUGCCAUUGACUUCGUCACCUUCUUUCCUUGCUUGGAGAAGUUAUAUGCCGUGUUAUAUAGGGAUGUGGCAUCAAAAAGAGCACGUCAUCAUUUUCCACUUGAUUAUAUCGAAUGCUUUGAGCUCCAUCUCAAGAAAAUAGUGCUGAUAAAUUAUCAUGGAACAAAGAGAGAUGUAGAUUUUGCAAGGUUUUGUCUUUUGAAUGCAAGGGUGCUACAACAUAUGGAGUUCGCAACACGCCUUCCAAGCCAUAGAAAGAAAUGCGAUCCUAAAUGGUUAGAUGAUCAACUCACAAAGUUACAGCUGGAUAAUAUAGCUUCUCAAGGUAUACAGAUUAAUUUUGCUGGUGAUUCUUACUUCGGUGAUGAGAUACAUAUUGGCGACAUCCAUAAUUUAGCUGCUGCUGAUCCCUUUGAUAGAUCGCUAUGUCGAUGCCAUACUGUUGAUUUCCUUUGACAUAUUUUUGCCUUAGUUAUUUCAUGGUCUCAAGAAUUUAGA